GAUACUUAAAGCAGCUGGCCAAACAGCCUGAGCAGCAGAAGCAGCUGCUGCCGCUUUGUGGCCAUUGCCAGGGCAAAGGCUAGGACAGUGCCCAGUUUCCGGGGCCCCGGUAUCCGUCAACAUGCGCUGUGUGCUGCUGCUGCUGCUGCUCGUCGCAGGCGGGGCUUUCUUUCUAGCCCCCGGAGUCUCCAGCUUGCCCACUGUUUCUGCAGAAGAGGAGUCUCUGUUUCAGUCAUGGAUGAAAAAGUACAACAAGAAAUAUGAUUCGUCAGAGUAUGGUCGAAGACUACACAUUUUUCUCGAAAAUAAGAGAAUGAUUGAUAAACACAAUGCUGGGAACUACUCAUUCAAAAUGGGACUGAACCAAUUUUCAGAUAUGUCCUUUGAUGAAUUCAAAAAGACUUAUCUUAUGAGAACACCUCAAGUUGAAGAGAAAUCAUCCCCACAUCAAUGACCAGUUAUACCCUGCCUGUUAAGAUAAAGUAACUUUCAUUUUUUAUGAUAUUAUUAAGUGUUCACCACAAGGCCAUAAGGAGAUAAGAAAAAUGAGCAUGCAAAAUGAAGAAUCUAACUAUAUAUAUAUCUAUAAACUUCUGUUUUUAAAAAUAUCAUGUUAAAAAUUAAUAUUGAAAAUCAAUAUAACUAAUUAAAUUUACUUUGCAAGCACUUA